CUCCUUUUACUUGGACUGCUUUACAGCGUCUAUGCGGCCUCUCGACCUCCCGGUUCGAGUUUCUGUUUCGUUUCUCACGCCCACCCCCUUUCCUCCGGUGGCUGGUGGUUGGCGCAGGGCAAAUACCUAGGUAGCCGGUGUCCAUCUCCCAGGUUUCUCGUCUUGUCAGAUGCCCGUCAAAUCAGCACAUCAUCACACCACACUAUCACUGCCACACACACACACCAACUUUCGCCUUUCGAUCUCUGUGCAACCCGGUCCCGAGUCCUCUGCUUGGAUGGGGGGUUUGCUGGAUCUCUGGCUCGAACACCGGAUGAUAAUCUUCCUUUCAGAGGGCAUAUACUGCAAUGA